AUGUCAAAAUAUGGGGUUCCAUUUCGGUCCAUGGUCGUGACAGGUGGAUUUCGACAGAGGACACAACUGGAAAAUCUAGAACGAGGCGUUGAUGUUCUAAUAGCAACCCCUGGUCGUUUCAUGUUCGUCAUCAAAGAAGGCUUCUUGAAAUUACAGAAUCUUAAAUGUGCUGUGCUAGAUGAGGUAGACAUACUGUACAAUGAUGAUGAUUUUGAGGUUGCCCUGCAAGGCUUGAUCAAUUCUUCACCUGUUACCACACAAUAUCUGUUUGUGACUGCAACUUUACCUGUAGAUGUAUGUAAUAAACUCAUUGAAGUCUUUCCUGAUUGUGAAGUCAUCAUGGGACCUGGUGUGCAUCGUACAAGUGCAAGGCUUGAAGAGAUCCUAAUAGAUUGCAGUGGAGAAGAUGGGACAGAAAAAACGCCUGAGACAGCAUUUCUCAAUAAGAAAUCUGCUCUUCUGCAGCUGGUGGAGCAAAGUGCUGUUUCUAAAACAAUUAUUUUCUGUAAUAAGAUUGAGACUUGCAGAAAGGUAGAGAAUGUAUUAAAACGUUUUGAUAGAAAAGGGACUCUUGUUCGAGUUCUACCAUUCCAUGCUGCUCUGGCACAAGAAUCACGUCUUGCAAAUAUGAACGAGUUCAUGAAUCCUUCUCGGCCUGAAGAAGAGUCUCUGUUUUUGGUUUGCACUGAUAGAGCAUCGCGAGGAAUUGACUUUGCUGGUGUGGAUCAUGUGGUACUCUUUGACUUUCCGCGUGAUCCAAGUGAAUAUGUACGCCGUGUUGGAAGGACUGCCAGGGGUGCCAGAGGGAAAGGCAAAGCUUUUAUCUUUGCAGUUGGGAAGCAAGUUUAUUUGGCACGAAAGAUAAUGGAGAGAAAUGAAAAAGGUCACCCAUUGCAUGAUGUGCCCUUUGCGUAUGAGCAGAUGGGUUAA